AUGAACCACCCUGCUACCACCGCCCUUCUCACUCCCAACCCCAUGCGGCCCGAUCAUGAUCAAUGGGGUACCACACCGCAGUCUCCGAACAACCCCUCUACCACUGCUUCCAAAGCAGCCGCCGUUGGCAUUAUCAAGCCCUCGGCCUCGUUGGAUAAAUCCACCCCGAUAGAGUCCCUUCCUUUCGCCGGCCGCGGGAGACAACUCAGCGUCCCCGAGCAGGUUUGCCUGGUCAAUUUGUGCGCGGCGUCCAUGAACGAUGAUGAUGCUCACAACCAUCCGAAAUCCUUCUGGAUCAAGAUCUCCAACAAACUUGAAUUGCAAACCGGCCGUCGCUAUUCCUGGCAGUCAUGCCGCCGCCGUAUUCAGACCUACAUCUCGAAACGAAAGGCCCACUGGGAGGCGUAUGCGAACGGUGAUCCGUAUCCGGGUGUAGACAUUGAUACUGAAGUCUGGGACCUACUGACUUCAUGGUUGGUUAAAUACAACACACCUCGGGAUGUGACAGCCAAAGCUCCGCUGGGGGCGUCUGUUGCACUACCCACCAGAGUAGAACCUCAACCCCCUCAAAUCCCCGAGCCCGUUCGGAUGGUGCCCGAGCAGGGGUUGGUACAGAUCUCGACGAAAAUCGAGCGGGUUCUGGUCUGGUUGAAGAGUCUCCCGCCGUUGGAGGACAUGGAAGCCAUGAGAACAUGGACGGGGUAUGUCGAUCCUCUGGCGGACUGGAUGUCUCGCUCCAAAGUCCGGCGGGAGCGUCGAUUGGUUUUUCAGAAAACCAAAAAUGGCGAAGAGCAGCUUGAGUUUGGUGGUGAUGGCCUGACGGACCCGGCUCUGGCCUAUCUGCCCCAACCUCAUCAGCCCUCUCUUGCACUGCACGAUCCCUUACAAGGGACCAAAAGACCUCGCGAGCUAGAUGAUUCCUUCGCUGAGCGUCCUGCCCAGCGUAUCCGUGUAGACCCUGGGAGCCAUCCUUCCGGCAGUCCUUAUGCCGAGGAACACGCCGACAACGCCCACCUGAAAAGGAAGCUUGUCGAAUCCUACUUUGAAAGCACCUUCGGCAAACUGAUUGACCGGCUAUCUGCUCGGUUCCGGGCCCAGGGUGCCAAACAGCAGGACGCCCCUGGGAGCUGCGAGGCCAUAAUGCGCGAUCUUUUCAAAGAUGUCGGAGUGGCGGUUGCAAAGGCGUUGGUCCGAAUGGACGAACCUGCAGUUCAAGAUCAGUUACCGAACUGA